AUGCCUUCUCUCAUGAGCACAGCAUCUUUGGCCUUCGCGCUGGCCGCGUCGGUCGUUAACGCCCACAUGGAGAUGAGCUUCCCUGCUCCUCUCAGAUCCAAGUACAACCCCGCCGCCAAAACCGUCGACUCGGACAUGGUCUCGCCUCUGUCGUCUUCGGGCUCCAACUUCCCUUGCAAGGGAUACCUGUCCGACCUGGGCACGCCAGCCGGCAAGCCUUCUGCGACCUUUUCCCCGGGCCAGAAGUCAAACAUGACCAUCAUGGGCGGUGCAGCCCACAACGGCGGCUCGUGCCAGGCCUCGCUCUCGUACGACAAGGGUAAGACUUUCAAGGUCAUCCAGUCGUGGAUCGGAGAGUGCCCCAUCAGCGGCGGUUCCAGCUUCGACUUCACCAUCCCUUCCGACGCCCCUGCCGGCGACGCUGUCUUUGCCUGGACCUGGAACAACAAGGUCGGCAACCCGGAGCUUUACAUGAACUGCGCUGUCGUCACCAUUGGAGGUGCUCCCAAGAACCGUGUCCGCGGCAUGCAGCCUCGUGCCGCCGUCGCCUUUGCGCAGCGCCCGGCCCCCUUCCUCUCAAACAUUGGCAACGGCUGCAAGACUGAGAACAUGGUAGUCGACUACCCCAACCCUGGCCCCGAUGUCAUCCACAAGGGCACGGCGACCAAGCCUACUUGCGAUGGUGGUGCUGGUCAGGGAUCUGGUGCUGGUGCAGCAGCCCCUUCGGCCACUUCGUCGGAGAACCCUGGUAUCCCUUCCGCGGCCCCUACUUCGGCCAACCCUGGAAUCCCAACUCCCGCCCCUUCUUCAGCUAGGUUAGUCUCUCCCUCUACCCUCGUCACCUCUCUCAUCCCGUCCUCUACUGCCCCGGCUUCCGAGGCUACCUUGACUUCUCGCCUCGAUUUCAUCCCUCCCGUUAUUCCUAUAACUAACAAGAAACCCAGCGCCACUCCCACUCCCAGCGCUGACCCGACCGGCUCCCUCCCGGGUGGCGUCUUCAUCACCGCCACGAAGCCCGGUGCCGCCGCUCCGACCGCCCCGGCUGGGGGUGCUAACGGCACUGCCCCUACCGGCCCUACUGGUGCCCAGCCCGGCGGCGCCCCGGCUCCCACCGGCUCGCUCCCCUCGUCCGGCGGCGGCAGCACUGCUCCCGUCUCGGGCCAGCAGUCCGGCGCCUGCACAGACGAGGGCGCAUAUUUUUGCCUUGCGGGCACCAGCUUCCAGCGCUGCGCCUCGGGCAGCUGGUCCUCGCCGAUCCCCAUGGCCCCGGGUACUUCUUGCACGCCUGGCCAGUCGGCGACGCUCUUUGGUCGCUCCAACAACAAGGUCCGCCGCGCUGGUGCGCGCAAGUUCACAUCUCCUGUGAGUGCUGCUUAA